AUGAGGUGUUUGGAAAGCCCAUCAUCAAUUCAACUGACGGCGGUUCGUGAGGAGAACUUGAGAGCAGAGGAUUCACGCGUGAAGAGUUUGGUGAAGCGGAUCCUGGUUGAAGACGAGGAGCCCGUGAUAGGUCUCGUGGCUCACUCCAUCCUUUUUAAGCGAAUGAUUCAGCUCUUCUGGCCCAAAGAUCGGCUACGUCAGGAGGAGCUUCGAACGGCACUUCGAAAUGGGGCACAGAAGCAGGACACAGUGGAUCCGUUCGAAGACAAGGUGAUGAAUUGCGGCACCUUGGUUUUAACCUUUCGAUACCACUCUGGAGGCUGUCCGUGGGUCGUUCCGCAGAUGUAUGUGAGUUCACGCAGUGCAGCUGUUGCUCCACACCUGUUGAGCUUCUCCCUCGCCGUGGACGGCGAUGGUCAGACUCUCCUCCAGUUCGUGACGGACCAUGACGACAAGCUGAAACAAGUUGAGAAGCACGGAGUGAAACUUCCCGACACCGUGCAGGGCUGGCACCUUUUGACCAAGUCCGGAUUGACCCGGGAGCAGAAGCAGAUGAUCAUGACGCAGUCUGCGUCUCUUGAACGUGCAAAAGUCCAACAAGCCAUGUAUGCAAUCCUGGGCCAAGACUACAAGGGUGGCGGACAGUCUGUCAACAGCCGUUGGCAGCGCCCCUUCAACUCGACCGGUAAGGGUCGAGGCUACUUUGCUGGUGAUGAUGCAGCUGACCCCACCUGGGAUUCUCCGUCUGUUGACUGGGAACCCGAGGAUGAGGGCACCUUCGAGGACUUCCUCACUGAAGAGCACAUCUAUCAUGUGGAAGAAGUCAGUGAGGACCAAGGAUCUCUAAUGCCAGUGAAACGCUGGAAGACGCUGAUCUCCAACUCUCAGACCCAGCUGAAUAGACUUCAUGCCUAUGUGGACAACGACUACACUCCGUCCAUCCCUGAUGAAGACCUUCACAUGACUCCAGCGGAACAUGCAAGGGCUGCAUUUCGAAAGCCCGAGAGCCCAGAAACCUUUCAGCAGCAGCGCAUGCGUCUUGAUCGACAAGAGACCAUGUCUUUUGGUCCACAGAGAACGGCACGUGCUUCAGUGACUCCCUACACGAAGCCCCCUCAACCAGAGAAUGCCGAGACAGUCUUUGAAAUUGAAGACCUUGAUUCAGAAUCUCUUCCUUCCGGCUGGACCUUCAACCAUGACUCCAAGACGCUGGAACUGAAGAGCUCCCUGAAGGACUUCUGGGAGAUCAAGGGCGGAUGCCUGAUACGUCACCAUGUGAAUCCAAGAUCCAAGCUCUUCGACAUCCGAGAUCGUCGUGACCUACCAGUUCCCGUGGAACACUUAGACGAUGUGCAAGUGACGGUCUAUCGAGAGCCAGGAUCCAAUCCUCAUUCGGUGACGAACCACUUCAAGACUGAGAACAUCUUCAAAAGCGUCAAGAACUCCAAGAACCCCUCACCUGUGCCAAAGAAAUGGAUUGGUCAGACUAUUUUCCAAAUCACUGCCGUGAAACGACAAGAAUGGGGCAUGACAUCAUCCUCCACAACCACAUCAGCGACAUCUAUGCGCUUUGUGAGAAAGGCAGCCCAAUCAGCCAAGACGCACCACAUCCGGCAGGUGAAGAAAGAUAAAGGUGAAGUUCGUGAAAAGAAUCUCAAUGCAGCCGAGCUCCAGCUGUUCUACGAGGAGAUCUUUGACUUCCGAACCUGGCAAGAAGACUCGGAAACCAUGGAGUACUGCGGAGAGAACAGCGACGUCACCCUUCGCUAUGAACCCUUCGAGUCCAUUCAGUCUUGGCAAGAUCUAAGCAAGGCUCGACUCAGCGUGAUGUUUGAUGCUGCACAUGCUGUGAGAGAGGAUCACUCCUCUCAGGGAGGCUAUAUCGCCUUCAUCACGCCCGACACUGUCUUCCACGAGGAGACCUCGUACCAUGUUGUUGAUUGGAGAUCGUUCAAACUCCAUCGAGUUGCCAGAAGCAGUCUCAGUGCCGAAGCACAAGCCGCUGGACAAGCAUCAGAUGCUAGUGAGUACAUUGCUCGAUUUUGGUCGUGCAUCAUGAAUCCCAACGUCGACCUCCGUGAUCGCCUGCAAGAAAAGUUCCCGGUUGCAGCAAUGGUCUGUUACACUCAGAUCAAAGCAGUGAUGGCUGAUGACUACUUCAUCCAGGCCGUGGACGACAACGUGUGUCCAGUUGAGCAAGAGUAUUUUUGGUCACCCUUGACUGUACUCUGCACGCUCCUCAUGCUCCUCUCAGCGAUUCUGAGCCUUGUCACCUACAAGCUUGGCAGGUUCCUUGAGCGCCGACACUGGCGCAGCUUGGUGAACACCCGAAUCCGGGUGACUACGGGACGCCAUGAGAGGCAUGAGCUGGCCUUGAAAAACCAGCUGCAGGACCUCCACCUCCAGUCCGUGGAGAAGGUCUGCGAGCUCGAAGAAAAGCUGGCAGAGCUGUCUGUGCGCAAUGACUUCCUGCGCAAAGAGAACGAUGCAGUGUUGGCUGAAAACCAUGCCGACCAAGACGAGCUAGCUGAACUACAUGAACGGCAUCGUCGCAGCUGCGCGCUUUUCACGAGAGCCUUUCGUGAAAUCCAAGGGCACCUUGAGGAUUGCCCAUUGGAGCAUGGUGUGGUAGCUACUCCUUUUGGCGCCGCCUGGCAUACCGAAGAGUCAUGCCGUGGAGUGGCUCGGUCCGGACGUGUCACCAGAAGGCACGUAUGCAAUUUUUGUUGCCCUGGAGUUCAAACUCCACAUGUGACAAAUUCUGUCAGCGGCACCACUUUGUUUGAAGACUUCCAGGAAUUUAUCCGGGAGGAAGGCCGCUGUUCGUAUGAAGAAUGGAUUGUGGAUUGA